AUGGGCGACAAUGAAUGUGGUAAACACAGGAACGUGCAUGGUGUUUCUAGGGUUCAACAUGGUAGUCUUGCUUCAAAAGUAAUCAUGAACUUUAAGAAAGAUCUAGAGGGGAAAAAUGGGAAUAAAGCUCUAGAAAAUUUUCAUUAUGCUCAUUCUUCAGGAUCAGUGUUUGAAAAAGUUUUAGAUACGUCUCCUGUUGUCUCAAUAUCGAAAUUUCCUGCUGCUCCGGUUAAGCCUUAUGUUCCUGCUGCGAUCCCGUUCACCGAUGUUGUUCAUCAUCCACUUGAGUGUCCGACAACAGCUCCUGCUGCGCAUCUGCUAUCGUCAACUUCUGAUGUGAAGUUUCCGGUGCAGGUUCCGAUGGUACCUGUUGUUGCUACUUGUACAAAGUCUGUUUCUGAUGUUGUUCCGAUUGGAUUCUCGGGUGGAUAUGCUCGGAUGUCGGGGUUUGAAGUUUCGCAUGAUUCUUUGUCACAUCCCCCAGGUUUUCCUAACAGAUUUUAUGGUGGUAAUGAUUUGAAUUUAGAAUGCUCAUUUAAUAGAAAUUUUAUGCUGGAGGAAACAAACAGGACAAUGGAAACGGGUUAUAAAAUUGGUUUUUACAUGGAUGGUUGUUUUGAUCAUGUUCAAAUUAUUAUUGAAGGAGAGAGGAAUAAAAAAAUUAAAGCAUGA